AUGUCUACCGAAACCUUAGCAGGAUCGACUGAGGACCAGCGAGCCGCGCUGACUUCCCGAAUCCUUCCUAUUAUGACUUUAUCGGAGGGAUCGAGUCCGCUCACUCACCCCCUCCCCCCAGUACCCUUUACAUCUGCUCGCUCACGAGCAGAAGCACGAUUCCAAGUUCAGGGCAAAGCCAUAGUCACCGGUGGAGCAGGAGCCCUAGGCCUAAUCUCCUCACAGGCUCUCCUAGAGCACGGUCUUUCCUCACUGUGCAUCAUGGAUCUCCCCAGAGCGUUGGAGAUGUCAGCAGAACAAAUCCAAUUACUAGCAUCAGAAUUUCCCUCUGCCGAUAUAACCAAAAUACCCUUCGACGUGACAUCAAUGGAAUCAAUCGAAGCCGCCUUUGAGCAGGCGAACAAGACAAUGGAAGGCAUCGAUAUCCUCUGCUGCUUCGCUGGAAUCCCGGGGUGCCAGCCACCCCUCACCGUAACACCCGACCAGUUCACCAGAGUGAUAGACGUCAACCUAAACGGAUCUUUCUUCUGCGCUCAGGCAGCAGCAAAGCGGAUGGAAGCCUCGGGCAAAGGCGGGUGUAUUUUGCUCACUGCGUCGGUGUCUGCGCAUUAUACCAAUUUCCCUCAACCGCAAGCUGCUCACAAUUCGAGCAAGGCUGCGGUCGCGCAUCUGACUAGAAACCUGGCUGCUGAGUGGGCUGUUCAUGGGAUCAGAGUUAAUGGUAUUAGUCCUGGGUAUAUGGAUACCAUUCUUAAUGCUGGGGAUAGUUUGGCGGAUGUUAGGAAGAUUUGGGAUUCUCGUUGUCCUAUGGGCUGGAUGGGGGAUCCUGAGGAGAUUACUGGGGCUGUUGUUCUUCUUUUUAGUCAACGUGCCGGACGGUAUAUUACCGGUGCUGAUAUUGUUAUUGAUGGUGGGACUUUGACCCUGUGA